AUGGCGGCCGCAAAAGUUGUUAUCAAUGAAUUGUUGUUUUUUAUUUUCAAUAAUGGUGCAAAUUUGGAUAAUAACCGUUUAAUUAAUGUUAUUGCUGAUAAGUUUAAUACAGAUGAUUUUAAUUCUGCUAAAAAGUUAUUGCUUUCGGAUUUAGAACUUUUGAAUUCGUCGAAUAUUCCAAAAUUUGUAAUUCAUGGUAACGUUAAAAAACUGGAUAAAUUAAAGAACUUACUUGAACGUACAGACAUUUUUGAGGUUCUAAGCACUAGUACAAAAAUAUUAAUGGAGGUUAACAAAAGUAUGGCCAUGUUACAAGCUAAUAACACUCAAACAAUUAGUGCAAAACCGCAUGUUGCACAAAAAUCGACUCAAACACUGAGUAAUAACAAUUAUUCAAAACAGCCCAAUGCACAAACUACAGUUCAAUAUCAAGCCAACAACAAUCGAGCAAAUUUUUCAAAACCGACAGUUGCACAUCUCAAAGAACUACAACAAUUGGUAAAAGACAAGCAGCCCGGUCAAAGAUAUCAGCGAGCAAACAAAUCUUUUGACGCCAACAACAAGCCACUAGACGAUAGUACAAAAUCAAUAGUUAAAUCUGAAGACAACACUGUACAAAUGGACAACAACACCACCGACAACCAUGAAUAA